AGAAAAAAAGAGCAAUGUCCGACCUCCCACCACCCCCCUACUCCGAAAGCCCCGGCGCCGGCCUCUCGCCCACCCGCCCCGUCGGGUCCCUCAACCCGUCGCUCUACACGUCGCACCUGGCCGCGCACCUCUCGACGCUGCCGGAGCGCCUGCGCGAGUCGCAGCGCGCCCGCUCCACGCGCCAGGCCGCCUCGGACCUGGACGUGGUCGAGCGCGUGCUGCCGCACCUCGAGGCCUUUCUGGCCGACAUCGUCUCGCUGCCGCGCCCGCCGCCCGCGGCAGAGCUGACCUUUGUCCCGGCCGCCGCGGUGCCGCAGCCCUGGGGCCUGACGUGCGCCGCCGAGCGCCGCCGCGAGGGCGAGCUGGUGCAGCUGGUCCGGCUCGAGCUGCCCGAACCGGCAGUGGUGGUGGUGGUGGACGGCAAGGACGGCAAGGACGGCGGCGGCGGUAGUAGCGACGUCAAGCAUAGCACGGGGCCUACGACGACACCAGUGACGGAAAAGACGCCGACCAGCGCCGCCAGCGCCAACAGCAGCCUCCGGCCCGAGCGCGACUGGUCGUCGCGGACCGAGAACCUGUUCGACGAGUGGGGCCGCUGGGGCGACGACGCCGCCGGCUCGGGCGACGGGCAGCAGGCCGCAUCGUGGUGGUGGUGGCGUGACGAGGGCGCGGCCCGCCGCCUGGCCGCCUACCUGCAGCCGGCCCCCGUGGUCAGGACGGAGCGGCGCGCCGUGCAGGCCGCCGUCGUGGAGGAGAAGAAGAAGAGGAGCGGGUGGGGGUGGGGCCGCAGCAGGAAGGGAGGGGAGUCGUCGUCUACACCUACCUCGCCGAACCCGCAGUCGUCGCCGACGGUCGCUGCUUCGCCGAUCCUCGGCCAGGACGAGCGCGUCAACAUGACCGUGCGGGCCGACGAGAUUACUUUCAGGAAGGAGAAUGAUUUUGGAGUGUGGGAAAGCAUGAGCGGCUGGGGUAUUGUCGUAGUUGUCACGAUCAAGAGGUAAUUGUAUCCUAUAAUCUUGGGUGGCGCCAUCUUGCUUCAUCUUCGAACGGCAUAAUCAGCCACUUUGUUAAACAGCUUUUGGGCGAAGAAGUUAGUCCUGAGGCAGGCCCCUUUCACAAAUGAUUGAGACAAUAGUGGAAGCAAAUUGAUGUAAAUAGAGCGCCGGCCUAUGCUACUCGUACCAAUACAUUUUACAUGUUACAUCCG